AUGUCUAGUAAAAACUGUUGUGUUCCCGGCUGCAUGGACUCUGGAAAGCCUAUGACCAAUAUCCAGUUACAUUCACAUAAGGAAAAUGAAGUGGUUCUUGCAAGAAAAGAGAUUAAGCAAUUAAGUAAAGUCGUUACUGUGGCAUCUAAUAUGGGAUAUCUUGCAGAAAAAGGCAUUCUUCCCAAAGAAUGUGAGGAAACUGCUGAAGUACUCCUCUUCUUUGACAAAGUAAGCCUCGUCUGUUGUAUUUGCCACAACCUCAGUACCCCGCGGGACCCUAGCGCGGACGCACGCAUUGGUAAUUUGGCGCCUAAAGUGAAGGACUACCAUAGUAGUCCGCGCGUGUAUUGGUGCACCAAAUUCAGAUCUAUUUCCGAAUACGUCAUGGAGGAUUCACAAAUACAAAGGUGGUUGCAUGAGUUAGAAACUGAUGAUGAUGAAGUGAUUGAGAGCGAAGAUGACGAAGUUCAGACAGAACCAGACCUACAGGCCCUAGUUCACGAGUCAGAACUCCGCGAAAGUGAAGACACAAGACUAAGUGCAUCUGACGAAACAUCAGAUUCAGAUGACUACCCACUCUCGCAACUAGCAACCAGAAGGCGAGGUUCAGUCUAUAAAUCAACGAAUGGAACUAUAUGGCAAAAAGAUGUUCCACCAGCAACGCGUAUUCGACCGCAUAACAUUAGGAUAAGACCACCAGGCCCAAAAGGAGACGCUGCUAGGAAUGCGAAGUAUCCGGUAUCGUGUUUUGAACUAUUUUUCACGCAAGAUAUCUUGGAAAUCUUGAAUCUGAAAAUAAUGAGUAAGAAAACUAAGAAAAUUAUAAGCACCCGGCAAUUAGAGGCCAUAGUAGACAAUAUGUCAGAUUUAUCUGAUCUUGACUCAGAUGACGACGCGUAUUAUCAGACGGCACCUGCAGUCCAGCAGAUGAUCUAA